CUCGGCGGCGUCGAUUACCAGCGUGCCUCGUUUCGCAACACCACCACCUCCCAAUCCCAAGUCGAAUCCCUAAUUCCCCUCGUCACCAAGCGAAUCGGCGCCGUAAUCGAGGACCUAAUCGAAUUCGGGGCCGUCAAUUUCGUCGUCCCCGGGGAUUUCCCCAAGGGCUGCUUCCCUUCCUACCUGACCAAAUUCCAGAGCUCGAAUCAGAGCGAUUACGACCCCACCACCGGCUGCCUCGUCUACCACAACUCGUUCUCCGCCCGCCACAACAAGUUGUUGAAGAAGGAGAUCGAGAGGAUAAGGAAAGUGCACCGCCACGUCAGCAUCCGCUACGCCGACUAUUUCUCGACGGGGAUCCGGAUGCACCGGAACCCGGAGAAGUACGGGAUCGUUAAGGCGACGAUGAACAAGGCCUGCUGUGGGGCCGGUGGGCCCUACAACUACGACCCGGCUGCGGUCUGCAGCCGGGUCGGGGCGGUGGCGUGUGGGAACCCGAAGGCGUAUAUAAUUAUAAAGUGGGACGAUCAUCAUUAG